GCCACUUAGCUACAGGCUGGCGCCCGAAGCGGCGCUCGCUCGCUGCCCCCGCCACCGAAGCGCUCGCCAGGCACAAUGCAGCACUGAGGCCACGGAGGCUGCGGUAGCGGCUCGAGCUGGGAAGGGGCGGUUGGGAGGCCGAGCCCCAGGCCCGGGCAAGAGCAGCUGAGCGCCGCCACCAUGCAGGCAGCGGCGGCCGCGUCCUUCUGGCUGCUCUGCGUCUUGGGGACCUGCCCCCUGGCGCGCUGCGGUCGGGCAGGAGUCGCCUCACUGAAAGGACUGGAGAGGGGGAAAGAAAACCGCUUCCUGGAGCGCCAGAGCAUCAUACCACUGCGCCUCAUCUAUCGCUUGGGCGGCGAGGAUGAAACUCAGCACAACCAGCUCGACACGCGGGUGCGGGGCGACCCUGGCGGACCGCAGCUGACGCAUGUGGACAAGGCAAGCUUCCGGGUGGACGCCUUUGGAACCUCUUUCGUUCUCGACGUCCUGCUGAACCACGAGUUGCUGUCGUCAGGUUAUGUAGAGAGACAGAUUGAACAUGGAGGCAAGGUCGUGGAGAACAAAGGAGGAGAACACUGUUAUUACCAGGGCCAGAUUCGAGGAAACCCUGUCUCAUUUGUUGCCCUAUCAACAUGCCAUGGACUCCAUGGGAUGUUCUAUGAUGGAAACCACACAUAUCUCAUUGAGCCAGAAGAAAAUGAGAAGUCUCAAGAGUCGUCUCAUUGUCACUCCGUGUACAAAUCCAGACAGUUUGAAUUUCCCUUGGAUGACCUUCCGUCUGAAUUUCAACGCGUAAACAUUACUCCCCCUCAGUUUAUUUUGAAGCCAAGACUAAAGAGGAGAAAAAGACAGCUUCUUCGAUUUCCUCGGAAUGUAGAGGAGGAAACCAAAUACAUCGAACUGAUGAUUGUGAAUGAUCAUCUCAUGUUUAAAAAGCACCGGCUUUCUGUUGUAUAUACUAAUACCUAUGCGAAGUCUGUGGUGAACAUGGCAGAUGUGAUCUAUAAAGACCAACUGAAAACUAGGAUUGUAUUGGUUGCCAUGGAAACCUGGGCUGCUGACAACAAGUUUGCCAUAUCUGAAAACCCACUGAUUACCCUUCGUGAGUUCAUGAAAUACAGGAGGGAUUUUAUCAAGGAGAAGGCUGAUGCAGUUCAUCUUUUCUCGGGCAGUCAAUUUGAGAGUAGCCGGAGCGGGGCAGCUUAUAUUGGUGGGAUUUGCUCGCUGCUGAGAGGAGGAGGCGUGAAUGAAUUUGGAAAAACGGAUUUAAUGGCAGUUACCCUCGCUCAGUCACUAGCCCACAAUGUCGGUAUAAUCUCUGACAAAAGAAAACUAGCAAGUGGUGAGUGUAAAUGUGAGGACACCUGGUCCGGGUGCAUAAUGGGAGACACCGGCUACUAUCUCCCGAAAAAGUUCACUCAGUGCAAUGUCGAGGAAUAUCAUGACUUCCUGAAUAGUGGUGGAGGUGCCUGCCUGUUCAACAAGCCUUCCAAGCUUCUUGAUCCUCCUGAGUGUGGAAACGGCUUCAUUGAAACCGGAGAGGAGUGUGAUUGUGGCACCCCUGCAGAAUGUGCCCUUGAAGGGGCAGAGUGUUGUAAGAAAUGCACCUUGACCCAGGAUUCUCAAUGCAGUGAUGGCCUUUGUUGUAAAAAGUGCAAGUUUCAGCCUCUGGGGACCGUGUGCCGAGAGGCAGUGAACGACUGUGACAUUCGUGAAAUAUGUUCAGGAAAUUCGAGCCAGUGUGCCCCCAAUGUGCAUAAAAUGGAUGGAUAUUCGUGUGAUGGUACUCAGGGAAUUUGCUUUGGAGGAAGAUGUAAAACCAGAGAUAGACAAUGCAAAUACAUCUGGGGGCAAAAGGUAACAGCAUCUGACAGGUACUGCUAUGAGAAACUGAACAUUGAGGGGACGGAGAAGGGUAACUGUGGGAAAGACAAGGACACGUGGACACAGUGCAACAAACGGGAUGUACUUUGUGGUUACCUCCUGUGCACAAACAUUGGCAACAUCCCAAGGCUCGGGGAGCUUGAUGGUGAGAUCACAUCCACAUUAGUUGUGCAGCAAGGAAGAACAUUAAACUGCAGUGGCGCGCAUGUUAAACUUGAAGAAGAUGUGGAUCUUGGCUAUGUGGAAGAUGGGACGCCCUGUGGCCCUCAGAUGAUGUGCUUGGAACACAGGUGUCUUCCUGUGGCUUCCUUCAACUUCAGUACUUGCUCCAGCAGUAAAGCAGGCACCGUGUGCUCAGGAAAUGGAGUUUGCAGCAAUGAGCUCAAGUGUGUGUGCAACAGGCACUGGACAGGGGCUGACUGCGGCACCCACUUUCCUCACAAUGAUGAUGCAAAGACUGGCAUCACCCUGUCUGGCAAUGGUGUUGCUGGCACUAAUAUCAUAAUAGGAAUAAUUGCCGGCACCAUUUUAGUGCUGGCCCUCAUCUUAGGAAUAACUGCCUGGGGUUAUAAAAACUACCGAGAACAGAGACAGUUACCCCAGGGAGAUUAUGUAAAAAAGCCUGGCGAUGGCGACUCUUUUUAUAGCGACUUUCCUCCCGGAGGCAGCACAAACUCAGCAUCUAGUUCUAAGAAGAGGUCAAAUGGACUCUCUCAUUCUUGGAGUGAAAGGAUUCCAGACACAAAACAUAUUUCAGACAUCUGUGAAAAUGGGAGACCUCGCAGUAACUCCUGGCAAGGUAACAUGGGAGGCAACAAAAAGAAAAUCAGAGGGAAAAGAUUUAGACCUCGAUCUAACUCAACUGAGUAUUUAAACCCAUGGUUCAAAAGAGACUAUAAUGUAGCUAAGUGGGUAGAAGAUGUGAAUAAAAACACUGAAGGACCAUACUUUAGGACCCUGUCACCUGCCAAGUCUCCUUCUUCAUCAACUGGGUCUAUUGCCUCCAGCAGAAAAUACCCGUACCCUAUGCCUCCGCUUCCAGACGAGGGGAAGACAGCGGGCCGACAGAGCGCCAGGCUAUGGGAGACAUCCAUUUAAGAACAACUGUUUACAUGUGACACAUCGAAACUGUUUACUUCUACUUUUAUAGAAACCCAACCACCCGCAACCACUGCAAAUCUAUCUGCUCUCUGGACGAUUUCAAGACCCUCUGAGAUACCAGAGGAGAGGAAGCCAUGGGUCAUACCUGGACACCAUACUUUUUUUUUUUUUUUUUUUUUUUUUUUUGGUCAUUGGCUUAAGUUUUAACCAAAUGGUAAAAAGAAUUACUGGAAUGUCACACUACAACAUGGAAUCAUUUAUGAUCUGGUAUUGGUAUGUUAAUGGAUAAUCUGCAUGACAGAAAUAUGUAGAAUAUCAAUAAAAUUAACUCCCAUGACCCAAGUUUAGCAGGUUUUCCUGAGGGACAGAAGUGGAUUCAGAACGGAGCAUUCUGAAACACAUCCUCAUUGCAAACAGUAACGCCAUAUGCAUGACGCUUCUGUUUAUUGUUUUCCAUAUAUAAGGAAACAACAUCUCAUAAUAGAAACUAGCAUGCAGAGGCUAAGGCAUAUAGGAUUCUUCUGCAGGACUGUAAGGCUUUGAGAGGCCAAUAUCCCAUACGCUAUCUUUAAACAUGUAUUUUUAUUUUAUUUUUUACUUUUCAUAUUUAUAUUAGCAUCCAAGGACAACUGUACAUAUGUAAACAUUUUUAAAAUUUAAAAAGUAACUGUUCCACAUAAGUGUAUUUUUGCCAAAUGCCUACAGUCAGUCACAGUUCUGUCACCGUCCUCCAUCCUGCGUCUUCAGCGUACAAGUGGACGAGAUUGUAAAUAGAGUGGUCAGUGCUGUAAACGUAUCUCUCCAUAACUGGUGUUUGUCUGAAACAUGUGAUUUCCGUUUAAAGUGUGUCCAGUCUGGAAGAGGUUUUAUUGAGUAAGAGAACAAAAUGCUCAAACGUCUAGCCUCUGCUUCUCACCGAAGGAGGAGUCCAGAUGUGCGGCAGCCGUGGAGCUUCAGGGUACCCUGGAGCUCACAGGCUCUCUGGGAGUCUGCCAGCCUAUCCACUCCACAGCUAAGACACAUGACGCCUGUCACAGUAGCUGUUCUCAGUACCAGGGCAUAUCAAUUAAUCUUAACCGGGGGCCAUGGAGUCCCCUCCUCUCUAGAAAGUGUCUUCUAUGAUUGGCCAGAUGCACUAAAGACAUGGACCCCAGAGCGCAGAGCUCCCUCUUGACCAAUGCCUGAGCCUUGUCUGAUCUGAAGUUUGGGUUCCUGGACAGAAUCCUUUCAGCCAUUCUCAUCUGUGGAAGAAAUAAUGACUCGGUUCAACUCGGUUCAAUUUGAACACGUUUCAUCACCAGGAUGUGAGUCCCAGUAGGUCAUUCUGUCUGGCUUUGAACCAGAUGGUGGAUGGAAGCCUGAGCAAGACAUGAAAGAUUAAAUAAAGCCCAUGGCUACACAGGUGCAGUAACUGCAAGAGGAACCAUAAGCCUGCAAGGGAAAGAGCCUUGGGUGUUGAGCCAACCUUUGAUCCACUUUUUUUUUUUUUUAAAGAAUGUUCUAUGUGAAAUCUUGUCAUUUAAAAAGAAACAUUAAUAGCUGUUUCAAUGCAAUGUUGUCAUGCAAAGAGAAAGCCCCUCUAGUGAGAUCUGAAGUUGGUAGGCUCAAUCAUGUGGUCCACUGUGAACCACACUUGUGAUUUCCCCCUUCUCCUUGCUGUUUUAUGUGAGGAAUGCAGUCAUCAGACAAGAACUCAGAAAUGGACUCUAAGUUUGACUUCUUUGAGAGGCAUCCAGGGACACAGUUUGUUGCAUCUCUGUGUAGUUGUCUUAGAUACCCAAAUUGAAGAGGCAGACUAGAAGGCAAAGGUAUGCUCAGCUCAUGUCUUUUGCAAUGGUCCACUCUUCUAAAACGCUCUGAAGGUGUUAGAAAACAAAUUUAAUCAGGCAAAAUUAUACAGUGAAAAACAUUUUUCCUGACAGGCAAGGAUAUAGUUUGCUGAUGACUCAAUAAAGCAGUCUCAGACAAAGGCAUAGAUGAGUGUUGAACAAUAUCUCCACAUAGCUUAAGGUAUGGCAGACAGGUGACAGAUGAAAGAGAUGUAGCAAACGAAGUGACUUUUGAACAAGAACACUUUAGAUGUGCACUGAAUGUUUCUUGGUAUUGAGUAUAUAAAGGCUAAUGUAAUAUAAGGUUUAUUUUGACUACGGAAGAGAGAGUUUAUAGUUUGACUGAGAGGUGCCUCCUGUAAAUAUGCUUUGUAGUUAUAGUUAGUUACCUAAGCCCUAACGUGAAAGAAUUCACAAAAGGUUAGCUAGUAAACUCAUUAUCUGUCUACCUACUGAUCUUUCCUUACCUUCUCAAUUAUUUUUACCUGGGGUUAUUAUUGAGAAUUAAAAUCAUUAUCGCGUGCCUUUUGGGAGAAUCAGUUGCUCUGGCUUGUAAUCAUCUUCAGAUGAAAUGAGAGGAAAAGGUUUUGCUUAACUUGCAAAGUGAUUUUAGAAAUAUAAUAGCUUUAAUGUUCUAGUCUGGGUCUCUAUCUCUCAUGUUUAAGCAUUCUUAGAAUUGUUUUUGGAAUUAACAGACUUUAGUCUUGAUGGAUAACUUCAAGAAGUAUGUAUCAUUCCACUGAACUCUGUAUGACUUCAUUCACUGAGGUACACAGAAGAGACUCGUGGAAUCAAACCCAAGCACAGUGAUUAUUUCAUUCUUAAAUGUCUAUUUUGAAGAGGAACUUUGCAGCUCCAUGUGGUUUGAAUCAUGCAACUAGUAUUCAUACUUCCCAGUGUGCUGUGGGAUCAUUGCUACAAAGAGGAGGGCAGCGAUGUGUUUGUUCAUUGGAUGCUAUUUCUCGUUCUCAUAAUCUUGGCAUCGAUAGGGCUUCAGAUACCCAGAUGCCUGAGAUGUCCCAUUAUGCAGAUCAUUUCUGUUCCAAUGAAAACAGACAUUCAAGUCUUUCCACUACAUUAGCAGGGGAGGCCUGCAGUAACAGAGGAUCCUAAAGAAUGAACUGGCCGGACUCACUCUUCCCAGCUACUUUCCUUAGAUGGGAAGUCCUCCUCCAGAGUCAGCAAGAUAGAAAAUGACUCCAGUCGCACAAAGUCUGCAGAGAGAAACCAGUGCUGCUUAGAUGGUGCCACAUGAAGAUUCUUAGUGCUCUGCAGUGGCUGGCUCUGAAGAGCAAAAGCCAGACACCUCAGUCCCUCCCUUAGAUGCUAACUGAUGAGUAACCACUUUGGUUACUCAAGGAGAGUCACUGGGGACAGGAAAACAGGGCUUAGGAUGUUGUUGUAGCAGGUGAGAGGAGUGCUCUAUUUCAGGAUGUGGUGUGGUUUCUUCUCCUGGCUUCACAAGGCUUUUAAAGUAAUGUUUGCACAGGCGGGUCCAAUGUAGUCUUUAUGCAUGAGAGAUUGGUGGUAGUCUAAAAGAAGCCACUGUGAAGAUAAGAUUAAAUACUCCCUGCCCUCCAGGGGUGUGCAUGGGGGAGUGGGGCUGCUAUGCUUUCAAGGACAGAUCCACAUGCUUCUCUUCUGGGUACCUUGAAUCUCUGCUGACUUCAUCCUGCCUGUUGCCCUAGGCUUUCUGCAGCUACUUUACCUGUUGCCCUUUUCAUGCUUUGUCCCCCUUUUUUGGGGGGGAGGGGGGUACCUUUAAUCCAGGAAAAGUGGGAUACCUCUGCCUGCGUUUUUUCUUUCAGAGUCAAGUUUGUUCACUUCACUGUGUGAGUUUUCUAUUGCCAUAGUUCCAUCUUAACCUUUGAUCUGUACAGUGCUUUAGAGAAGCCCUGCUCUGAAGGCAAGAUUACUUUUUAGUCUUACUUAAAUGUAAAGGAAAGAAAGGCUGUUUGGUAGCUUGCACCAUAUAAAGAGAAGGGGACAGAGUUUGGAACUGAUGGGAGUAAGGAGAAGCAAGACACCUAGCUGCACAGCCAGGGGUGGUGCAGCUGGCUGCUGCUACUGGCUGCCGUGUUUGGGGCAUUCUCUAAAGAUCUCAGCAGCAGCAAGUUGGCUUGAGCACUGAGACACCUGGACUCCUGUUGGCAGCACAUUUUCUACUUUUUAUGUUCCUAAUUGUCUCUUUUGUUUGUUUUCUUCUAUAGCUAUCAUCUGCUUCCCUCUCCUCCCCCAAAAGGCAGUCAAAUUGAAUUUUUCAUUCUUAUUCCACGAGCUUUAUAUGACCAGCUGACAUUUCUGUGGAAGAGGGCUUAGUUGGGGCCUUGAAUACUUAGUUUCCUCUGGUGGGAGAGUUAAGACUACUCUGGCUUCAGAGACAGGGUCCUUUCUCUGGCCACUGGAGAGCUGGGGACUGGGUUCCAGAUCCUCCUUUAUCGUAUUGUAAAGAAUUGAGCUGGCAUUUGUGAGAACCAGCUGAGGCCACAGCCCAUCUGGCUGUGUGAGAGCAGCAUGCUGUAAAAGUGGCUUGGCCGUUCGCUGUUGGCACCUGCUUAUAGCAUAUGCUCUGCAGGGCAGACACUUUCAGCUCAAAGACGUUUCCUACCACACCUGCAGGGACAGAACAAAGUUGCCCCGGACUUGGAGAGCAGAAGGUAGUAUUUCCAUCCCAGUUUUAUUCAUGGUUUUGCCAGUUCUCAACAUGGAGCACCUAAAGUCAGGCAGCAGAAAAUGAAAACUUACAAGACGAUUGUUGGUUGUACCUCUGCCCUUCAAAUUCAUGGCCUUAUGGGACAGUAUCAUUUCUGUUGGAUUUGAUGGCUGCAUUUAGAACCUUCCUACUUGCAAAGUUCCGUGUUCAGUAUCUGUGCGGCACUUUUCCUCUUGAUCAGUGGCAUCCCCUAUUCGGGGCCUUCUUUGGUUCAAAUGAGAAUUAGGAAUACAGAGUGGUAAUGUUAGUUUUCAUUUCCUUCUGACAUGCUGGUUUGAUUGUGCACCAUGGAAAGUCGCUAAGACAUGGGUCUCAGGGUAUAAAUCUCAGGAAGUGAAUAAGCAAGCGGCACAGAGAUUUGAGAGAUCCUGGGUCACUUAGUCCCAGCCUAGGAGCACAGUGGACAUCCACAUAAACCAUGUAGCAGAGCUCAACACAGUCACCGGAUAUGCUGGAGGGACGGACCUACUGCCGCCAAGGGCAGACAUGUGCUCUGCGGUUUUUGGAAGUGUUACCUUUGGAAGCGUUUUACUAUCCCAUGUCCCUUGCAUUGUUCCCAGACCUGCGUCACUGGGAGGGGCUUCAGAAGUGGCAGGCAUGUCUAUCACAGGUCGCCUGUGGCAUCAAAUCCAAGCAAAGUGUGUUUUAUUGUUUCAUUUUACCAGAAGUCAUACAGUAAGACAAAGGAAUCUUGUUAAUAUACACAAGGCCACCCGUUCCUGGGCUUGUGACCUAGGCCUCCCUACAUGUAUGAAGAGGCAUGUAUGCACAUUCUGCACUCAACUUCCGCCGUUUCGGGACGUGAUUUGCUUUGAUCGUUGGGUUUUAAAAUAGUGCAAAUAUCCCAAAUCUUUAAAUAAAGCGGUGCUAAGUUUUAUCAGAUAACACAAUACAGAAAGUGCUGAAAUGAAUUCAGACCCCUCGGAGUUCCUCGAGGGUUCCUGUUAAAUUACACACGUGUAUCACUGCCUGAUUGGAAACCCCACUUUUCCUUUCUAAUCCAGCACAAUAUCAAACUGUGAUUCUAUAACUUGUCUUUUUAAUAGCUACAAAUAACCCAACAUCUUUUUUUUUUUUUAUGGAAAACUUUUCUUUUUAGCACUAACUGCAAAGUGCUUAGCAAAAGGUUCCUUCUGGAUAACAGAGCACUGCUAUUAUUAUUAUUGCUAUCAUUGUUAUUCCUCCUUCUUCAACUUGUUGGAAGACUUGCCCCUCCAAACGAGCAUUUCCAAAAGACAGUUUUCAGAAACUUCACAUUUCACCUAAUGAAAGCUGUGCAUAUGUUAGUCUGUGCAUUAGGUCUCUGCUAGUGUGUCCCAUGUCCAUAGCCUCCAUGGGGUGAUGCCCAUCUGCAGAUGUUAGAAACCACCCCAUGGGGACCUGGGAGUAGCAUCAGUGUGGUUCACUUUGGGUAGCUGGGUACUCACGUGUAUAUACUUAGAUUUGCAUCAUUCAAACCUCCUCUCUGCUUUUCCGCACGCACUUCUAGCUCUUCUGCUAUUUUAAAAUUCACUGGGUUUUGGUGAACACCAACAUAAAUGUAAGCGAUGAUUGCUUUCCUGAGCAGGCGUGAUUUGUUGUAUGGCUGUUUAAGUUAUAAAGUUGUUCUCAUAUUGUAGGUGAAUAAAAUCUUGCUGUUUUUAAAGGUCACUGUAACUCGAGAUUAAAAUUUCUGGCACAAUUUUAUGAGUGUUCACUUCUGAAGCUAAUAAGACAAUAGAGUUUUCUAUGUUACUCUCACUGUAACAUCGAUAAAGUGACUUUGAAUAAAAGAUUUCUGUUAUUUUG